AUGGAUAAGGAUGGAGAUGCUAUAAAAAGUUUACAUUCAUCAUUGCUGGAAAAAAUAAUCAAGAAGAGGUUUCAUUCAUCGGAGAUGGUGCUAAAUAUCAUCAAGAUCUCCCAUGUCAGCCCCUAUGCAGAUUCAUAUUGUGACCCACUCGUUGUCCCACUCACUUUCUUCGACCUAAAGUGGCUAAAAGAUUCUGUACAGCAAGUCGUCUUCUACAAACUGACCGAGUCAUCAUCAUCACGCGAGUUCUUCUACUCCGUGAUCAUCCCUAAACUCGAGGCAUCUCUUUCUCUUGUUCUCGGUCACUUCCUCCCCCUUGCGGGUCACGUCACUUGGAACCCGCAAGAUCCUAAGCCUUGCAUCGUCGUGUUCCCGCACGACACUGUCACGUUGACAGUGUCUGAGAGCGAGGAAGAUUUCAGCAGUGUUUCAGGCAAGGGAAAACGUCUCGCGAGCGAGACACGUGCCCUGGUCACCGAGUUUCCGGCUUCUUGUGACUCGCCGUGUGUCCUUUCUUUACAAGUUACCUUGUUCCCUAACCAAGGGUUCUGUAUAGGCAUAACAGCAAACCAUGCGGUGAUGGACGGUAAAACGGUAGUGAAUUUUUAUAAAUCAUGGGCUCAUAUCUGUAAAUCACAAACACAUGAAAAUAUAUUAUUACCUGAUGAUUUAACUCCCAGUUCAGACCGCACGAUCAUCAAUGUCCCUGCUUAUCUUGAAGCCAAGAUGUUGGUUCUUCAAGGUGAAAGAACCCUCAAGAUCCCUCAAGCUGGAGAGAUCGGCCAUGACAUAUUCAGGAUCACGCUUGAGUUGACUCUGGAAAACGUAGAGAAACUUAGGGAGAGAGCUAAGAGCGAGUCAACUCGCUCUCAUUCUGAGCUUCACUUGUCCACGUUCGUUUUGGCUUACGCCUACAUGUGGACUUGCUUGGUGAAGACGCAUGGAGGCCAAGGGGAAAGACCGGUUCGUCUCAUGUAUGCUGCUGACUUUAGGAACCGGUUAGACCCGCCGGUUCAUGAGGGAUACUUAGGAAACUGUGUGUUCCCCAUCGGUUGCUUCGGACACAAAGCUAAGACGUUUUUGGGAGAAGAUGGAUUUGUCAAAGCUGUCGAGAUCCUCGGCGACUCGGUCAAAGGUUUGAGUUUAUUAGGGAUUGAGCAACUUUGCGAGUUGUACGUGGAUGGAAAGAAGAGAGUGAAACCGGGUACACAGCUGGGGACUAUUGCAGGUUCAAACCGGUUUGGGCUAUAUGGUUCGGAUUUCGGGUGGGGAAAACCCGUUAAUACUGAGUUCGUUUCGAUAGACAGGAAUGAAGCGUUCUCGAUGUCGGAGAGAGAUAUGUCCGGUGGUGUGCAGGUCGGUUUGUGUUUGAAGAAACAUGAGAUGAAUGUUUUUAUUUCUUUGUUUAAUGAUGGAUUGGUAAAUUAAAUAUUUUUCUGGCUUUUAUGACUUUCUCUUGUUUGAGAUCUUGUAAUGUAAUUUUUUCUUGUAAUGUACCUAUAUAUGCAAAGUGUCAA